GUGAGGAGGAGUACCAUGUCGGAGGCCAUGAGUGCUCCGCCGCCCCUGAUUCCGCAACUGCAGGAGAUGCAGCAGCAACAACAGCAGCAGCAGCAGGGCGGUAAUCCCGGCAAUCUCGCCCAGCAGUGGAGUAACUACGCGUGGUAUGCCAACCAAAACGCCGCCUACCAGCAGCAGUAUCAGCAGUACUACCAGUACUACAUGCGCUACCAGCAGCAGCAGCAACAGCAGGUAACCUCGACGGUCAGUGCGUCGAACGCGCCUCCGGGCUUCAGCAACGCGCUGGCGGUGCCGCCGCCCCUCCCCUCGGGUCCGCCACCCCCGCCGCCGCCGAAACCCGGCCAAACAGCGGGCCAAAACAAGCAGCAACAACAGCAGCAGCAGCAACAACAAAAGAAUUUCGGGGGAAUACGUUUUAAUUUGAAUUUAAACCAAAAGCGUUUGGCUGGUGCCCCCAAUCCCCUACAACAACAGCAGCAGCAACUUCAACAGCAGCAUCAACAGCAACAGCAACAUCUACAGCAGCAACAGGUCAUGCAAAUGUACAAUAACAACAACAACAAUAACAACAGCAACAAAAAGAAGCGCAAGCGUAACAACAAAAACAAGAGCUUCGAACAAACAACAUAUACAAACAACAUAAACAAUCCGUUUGCCAAUCAAGCCCAAGCCACGCCCAUAGCACCACCGCCGCCCAUCAUUAGCGCCAGCGAUGUCGGCGUGCCGAUCACUGCGGACUUGAGCAAGCCACCGCCGCCAUUGCCACUGGCCAUAGUGGCUCCCACAGAGAAUCCCCAGCAGCAACAGCAGUCGCAACAACAGACCGCUUCCCCUGCUCCAGCGCAGGCAUCCACAUUCAAGCGGCCCAACAGCUUUCAAAUGGCCUCCAACGACUCCUGGCCGGAUGCCCUCAAUCAGUAUGUGGCCCGUUGCUACUCGAAGUGCAACACGGACCUCGACAAGGAUCAGAUUGACAUUUGCCUGAAGGGCAAGAUUAUUGCGGCGGCCAAUCGCAACGAGCUGUGGACGCGGGACUGGGACAACGAGCCCAUGCCCACGGUGCACAGCGAGCGGGACGGCAUCGAUGUGGUGCUGAGCAAUGUGACGCCCCCGCAGCCGCAGCGUAGCAACUACUUCCAGAAGAAGCUGGAGCAGGAGAGGGAGCGGGAGAGAGACCGCGAGCCGGAGAAGGCCCCGACCAAGGGCUCCUCGGGUGCAGUGAAUCAGUUCAAGCAGAAGGGCAAUCAGUUUAACAAGUCCUCGUCCGGCUACGGCUCUCAUCACCACUCUUCGACAUCGCGAUAUUCCAGGAGUCGUUCGCGUUCGCCCUCAUCGUCAAACUCGUUGAAGUACUCGAGCAAGAAGCGGUACUCGCGAUCGCGAUCGCGCUCCCGUUCGCGUUCCCGCUCGCGAUCCCCCCGCUCCCGAUCGUGCUCCCGCAGCAGCGAUGCCAGCAGUCCCCCGGCGCGUAAGGUUAUCCGCAAAUCGGGCUCGAACGAAUCCCUGAAUUUCAUACCACUCGCCUCCGCGAACUUAUCCCGCAAGCAGCAGAAAAUGCUGAUGAAAAAGGGCAAGCGCGCAGCUGCAGCAGCAGCCGCUGGCUCCGGUCAGGCGAAAAAGAAGCCGCCUCACUUCUACUCCAACCAGUCGUCCGUUGGCGGAGCUGUUGAUGAUGACACAGCGCGCUUGCAACAGCGUGCGGCACGAUUUUCGCAGCAGGGCUCCAGCUCGGCCAAGAAAUCUGUCGUCGCCAUUGCAAGCUCACCGUUUGGUCUCACCACGGCCAAGAACAAGAAAAAAAUGAUGCAGCAGCAGCAGCAGCACCAUCGUUCUGCCUUCUACGAGGACACAGAGGCGGCUGGCGGCUUAGAUCUUCUCGAUUUGCAUAUUGUAGGCACUUGUAGGGACCUAGAGAAAUCGUUUUUGCGUCUCACCAAGGCGCCCUCGCCGUCGGAGGUGCGGCCUGUCGAGGUGCUCACCCACUCACUGGUAAAUGUAAAGGAAAAAUGGCGUGCCAAUCAGGACUACCACUAUGCGUGUGAUCAGCUGAAGUCCAUUAGACAGGAUCUGACUGUCCAAGGUAUUCGUGAUCAGUUUACGGUGGAGGUGUAUGAGACGCACGCUCGAAUUGCCAUGGAGAAGGGUGACCACGAGGAGUUCAACCAGUGCCAGACUCAACUGAAGAUGCUGUACAUGGAGAUCGGAGGCAAGAGCGCAAAUGCCUUGGAAUUUACAGCCUAUCGUAUACUCUACUACAUAUUCACAAAGAAUACCUUGGACAUAACCACUGUCCUGCGUUCAAUUACGGCUGAUCAACGCGAGACUCCUGCCAUUGCACACGCCCUUCAGUUCCGUUCUGCGUGGUCGCUUGGAAACUACUGCAAACUGUUUUCUCUGUACAAGACAGCGCCUCUUAUGUCCGGUCACAUGAUUGAGUGGUUCCUGGAGAGAGAGCGCAAGGCCGCUUUGCGAGUCAUGAUUAAAUCUUAUCGUCCCAACAUCAGCGUUGACUAUAUAACCAAUAUUCUAGCCUUUGAGAGCGCCGAAAAAUGCAAAGAAUGGCUCGACACCUUCAGUUUGCCCUACGCUGCCAAUGGUGCGCAAGUUGAUUGUAAAAACGCAGCUGCCAUUGCCAUUUAAGGCGAUUUUUACAGAAAGCACAUUACUUGCUGAUAGGCACUAUUCGAUUUUGUACCUGAUUUCCGAAUUUGCGGAUAUUAGUGUCCCUUGUCGGACUGCGGAUGCACUUCUCUGGCCCGUUCUAACAUCACUUGUAAAUAUUUUUGUAGGUCGCGAUCCCCUUUCGUUACACAGUUAGGACUUUCUUUACUCCCCUUCUCAAGCCAUCUAUUUUCGCUGAAUAGGCCGGCCUGUGAAUUCUUCGCUUUUUUAGUACCUUUUAAGUCUACAGUUCUUCGUAGGGUAUACAAUUUUUACAAGGAAAAUAAUUCGUCGGAAGAAAUAAUUUAAAAAGCAUCACAGGAAUAAUACGUCUAUUUACAUCAAGCAUGUACUGCAACUGGAACUACAUCGAUUCGAAGUAAAAUGGAAGUCGAAUGGAAGCCUGCAUGACGCCGAAUUUCUGGAUGAAUCAACUA